CGUGUGUGUGUGUGUGUGUGUGUGUGUGUAAAGAGAGAGAGACAGAGAGAGAGAGAGAGUGGGAGAGCCGGUCGGGUCUCAACAUGGACUCAGGCAGUGAGUGUUGAGCUGCUGCUGAACUAAGGUGGAUGAAGAAGAAGAAGAAGACGAAGAAGAAGAAGAAGACGUGAUCGUGUGUCUCCGGGCUGAAGCUCCGACUCUGGAUUAUUAUUAUUAUGCCCAGCGCCAACGUGUCGGUGCGAAGUUUAUCCGAAGUGGAGAAACGCCUGAGCAGCCGGAUGGAUCGGAGCGCUGAGGGCAGUUUACUGAACCUCCCUGUAUCGAUGCGGCGGGGUUCUUCAGAGAACAAUCUGGAUCUGGACCUCAGUGAUACAAGUCCUGGUCCAGCUCUCGGUUUCGAGGUCCAGCGUAGUCGUUCUUGCUUAGACAACCUCCAGCAAAAGAUACUGAAAGUCACAGAACAGCUGAAGAUUGAGCAAACGGCAAGAGACGAGAAUGUAGCCGAGUAUUUGAAGCUGGUGAACAGUGCGGAGAAGCAGCAGUUGGGGCGCAUCAAGCAGGUGUUUGAGAAGAAGAACCAGAAAUCGGCUCAAAACAUCGCUCAGAUGCAAAAGAAGCUAGAACAGUAUCAUCGAAAGAUGAAGGACAGUGAAAUCCAUCACAGCCCAUCCACUCAUCCGUCCGCUGUCAAACACAGCACCAUCCCCAGGGAGUCGCCCAGAGAGCUCCUGAGGGAUAUGACGGGCAGUGGCCGCCACCCGACCAUGGACAAGAUCAAGACCAUCGGACCAGGAGUUUCUCUCUCUCCUCCUUUCUUCUUCAGCAAACCCAGAGAGUUCGCCAACCUCAUCAGGAACAAGUUUGGCAGCGCUGACAACAUCGCCCACCUAAAGACCAGUCUUGACGCUUCCUCUCCGUUACCCACCGACAGUGCAGGGAAGGGGCUGAGCAGCAGCACCUCUAUGGUCAGCAAGCCCAAGUACCCCAGUGAUGAUGAGUGCUCCUCGGGGAGUGCUUCUAUUUCAGCGGACAGUAACGGGCACCCAGCAACAGGAGGGGUGUCAGCGGGGCAGGCGCAUGGUCAGGGGCAGCCAGCAGGUGGCGAAAGUCAGAGCAGACUGGCCCUGAGCCUGGAGGAGGUAAGGGAGGUUAAAGAAGCUCAGAGCCAGUUGGAGGACGAUAUGGAUGAGCUGAAGACUCAGUUCAAAAGAGAGUAUGGCAUCCUCAGCCAAACACUGCAGGAAGAGAGAUACAGGUAUGAACAUUUGGAAGACCAACUGAACGACCUGACGGAGCUUCACCAAAAUGAAAUGGCGAAUUUGAAGCAGGAACUGGCCAGCAUUGAGGAGAGGGUGGCCUACCAGGCCCACGAGAGGGCCAGAGACAUACAGGAAGCCCUUGAGUCGUGUCAGACGCGAGUGUCCAAGCUGGAGCUCCAGCAGCAGCAGCAGCAGCAGACGGUCCAGCUCGAGAGCCACGACGCCCGGGUUCUGCUGGGGAAGAGCAUCAACAUCAUGCUGGCCAUCAUCACCGUCAUCCUGGUGUGCGUCUCCACCGUUGCUAAGUUUGCUGCCCCACUCAUGAGGAGCCGAUACCAUGUGGUCGCUACCUUCCUGGGGAUUUGUUUCUUGACCAUAUUCUGGAAGAAUUUAGAUCGUUUACAGUACGCCAUGGACAGGUUGCUGGUGCUCGGUUGAACAUACUGAAAUCAACAAUGACACCACUGUCAGUUAUUAGUCUAAGAGGAUUGGUUGUACAAUCAUCAUAGGACACGAUCGCCAUGCAUUUACAGUCGCUGUUUUUUUAAAAGUGAAAUUUUGGCGAUUUUCUUGUGUAAACUUGAAUGUGUGUACCUAAUAUUUCCAUUUAAUCUUAACAAUAAUAUUUAUAACAGUAUAUUUUGUUAGUUCCUCACUGAUUGAUGAAAAAAUGAUAAUCACAAGACACAAAAGGCCACUUCAAGGAUUAAGAGGGGUGAAGAGAAAUGCUUUUCACCAUAAUGCAGCAACAUGGGACUCACUCUUUACCACAUUUUAAAGGGAUAGAAUCCAUAGAUCAGGAAGAAAAUUGAAGAAAAUGGUUAUUCUUUUCAUUUUGCCUCAGCUUACCUUUAAUAUCACUGACAUUCUUGUAGUCAUGCACAUGAAAACACAAAGAAGAAAGCUAAGAAGAAACCCGUAACAUGAGAUUUGGAUGCUGGAAGACCUUGUUACUUUAGACCGUCCAUCCAGUUUCCAGUCUUCUUGCUAAGUUAAGCUAACAGGCCUCUGGUGUUAUAUCCAUACUUUACUAGAUUUUCUAAUCAGACUCAUUCACCCAAAGAGGUGAAUGAGUCUAUAUAUCUAAACUUUGAAUUAUUGUUUUUAAUGAGGAACGUACUGAGGGCUAUGUCACACAUACAUGUAAAGCAAAUCUGUGGGUCAAAGUUCACUGAAGUUGAACUCCACAUGAUCCCACCUUCGCUCAAACAAAUUGGAAGUGAACGGGAGAUGAAGGUUCGCACUGAUGCAUUUGAGUAUGGCACAGUGGAAAUUAGCAUCCUCUGUUCUACGUGUUUGUUUUCUUCAUUUCUUGUUGCAGGGGUGGGGAACCUUUUUCUAUCAAGGGCCCUUAACAUUUUUGAGGGCCAUACUUAACGAGUGACUCCAUGUCACAUAAGCCUGAUAUGGUUCGCGCUGAGAGCCGGCUGUGUCAGAUGGUUGUGGUGAUGAUGCAAUGCACAAUUUUACCUUUACAAUUUUAGCGGUAAGAAGGCAGAAUUGCAAUUUAAAUCAAAAUAAGUUGCUUUCUUGAGACAUUUUUUAUUUUAAGAAAUUGUCCCACAGUCCAGAUCAAAUUGUCUUGCAGCCUGGAGGCCGAAGGUUCCUCACCCCUGUCUUAUGAUUGCCUUGUUUGACUUUUGUGGUCAGUCAUCUCUUAAAGUGUCUCUGUGUACUGGGCAUCGUGUUUAAAGUGCAAUACAUUUGAUUUUGAAAAUGAUUCUUUUUAGGAGUGUGUAUGUCUAUGUAAAUGUUUUACAGUGACUGGCUGUUGGUGUUGUCUGGAGUGGGGGGAGGGGGCUGUCAAUGUUGGCAUGAGCGACCCAUAACCACUGAAGAAGCCAUUGCUGGUGUGUGAUGAGACCAACUGUCUCCUCUCUCUGGGGUCUGGACUCUGACUGCAUCACUGUGCUGGUAGCAUGGUGAUAUCAACACACGGCAGACUCACCAGUGCGUCACGCUUGCAUGUGCACAAACCCAAACAACACUCUCUCUCUGUACUUACAUGUCUUAUGGGUGUUUUACCCAGUCUCCACGUCUUUUGCUAAUAAUGUGAUUAAGAGGCGAUGGGCUAUACUGUGAUACAAGACAUUUUCUUUGAGGAAAAAUGCAAUUCUCUUUUUUUAAAGAGCCAACAAACAGCCUUCAGUGCUCUGGUGAUGACAGAGGAGCACAUUACAGUUUCUACGUGUUGAAUUAUGAGCCUAUUUUAUGAACUGACUAAUUUCAUGUUUGUCUUAUGAACAUUGCCUGUAAGGAUCUCACAUGAAGCCACAGACCACUUUUUAAUGUUUGUCCGCCACUUUAACAUAUUUGUGUUGAUGUUUGUUCUCGUCAGCGACUGUAUCAUGUUUAGUUUUUUUCUGUUUUAACGUAGUUGAGGAAAGUUUACCUGUAGAACUACAGAUCAGGUUUACAUUCUCUUCUCAUCUCUGGUGCAUGUGAUCAAUCAGUUGUAUCUUCAUGCAUCACGUGCCUUCGUCUGACAAUUUCUGUUAAAUUAAACAACCCUUUUUAAACAA